CGAGCGUCGCAAGUCAGUCAAAUCGCGAUCGUCCCCGCGUGAUGAGUCUCGCGUUUACGUGGUAACACCAUCAGUUUGACAAAAGUAGAGAAGCCAGCCGAGACAGUUGUUGGCACGGAAUAUUACCGCGCCGGUUCGUCGACAAGAAUAGACACUCUUCCGGAUCCCCGGCAACUGUUCCGUAUAUCGGUUUUCAACCGGUCUUUCCACCACGUGAUAAGAAUACAAGAACAGUGAAACAACCGUGAAUAACAAUAAAAGUGCGAGGAUGAAGAGCCUAGCGAUCGUCCUUCUCCUCGUCGCCGUGGCUAAGUGCCACGAGCCUUUUCAAGUAAUCUUCCAGUGGAAUACGAUCGACGUGAUGUGGCCGUCGGAAGAGGAACAAGAGUUCGCCAUCGAACACGGUGAAUACAUACCGGCGAACAAUUUCAUAGCCGGUAUCAAAUUCUGGAAGGGUAAGAUGUACCUAACAGUGCCCAGAUGGAAAGACGGUGUGCCAAUUACAUUGGGUGUAACUUCUGCCACUCCGAUAAAUAAAGUCACCGCACCAAAACUCGAAGCGUUUCCUAGUUGGGAGAUGCAGAAAAUCGGUGACUGCAGAGCUUUUCAAAUGGUUCAGAGCAUGGAAAUCGAUCCUCUGGGACGUAUGUGGGUACUCGAUUCCGGGAAAAUGUCUCCCUUGUCUAUAGAGACGAAGAUUACCUGCCCACCGAGGCUAGUGAUUCUAGAUCUUGAAAAAAACGGCCAAGUAUUGAGGAGCUACGAAUUCCCGAUGGACGUCGCGCGUCACGGCAUGGCGCAUUUGAACGACAUCGUCCUGGACCACGAGGAUGGUGGCAUGGCGUACAUUUCGGACAGUGGUCGCGAUGAUCCGGGCCUGAUCGUUUACUCUUUACGGAAUAAUACCUCCUGGAAGAUCAGACAUCCGUCGAUGCGAGCCAAGCCUGAAGCAGUCAGGUUCAUGGUAGCUAAAACGCCUAUGAACCAGCCCAUACCUAUCGAUGGAAUCGCUUUAUCCCCGGCGAGCAGCAAGGAUAGACAAGUUUACUACUCGCCACUGUCUUCUUUCCAUUUAUACUCGAUACCCACGUCUGUAUUGAAGAUGAACCUAAGCAACGUUGAUGAAUCUGUCCAAGAAGUCGGUAGGAAGAGCUCCCAGACCGAUGGAAUGAUGAUGUCAGCUAAGGGAGUGCUGUACUUCGGAUUAUUGGCUGACGACGCUGUGGCUAUGUGGGAUACCAAAUCGUCGUUUAGCACUGGACAGAGAGUCAUCUCCAGGGACCAUGAGAGAAUGCAAUGGCCGGACACCUUUGCGUUCGAUGAGGACGGCAACUUCUACUGUGUUACCAAUUCCUUGCAGAAUUAUCUCACCAACCAUGUCGAUGUCAAUAUCGCUAACUAUCGGGUGGUCAGGGCGCAGACCAAGGUGAAGAGUUAUCAGUAUUUCGAGGACGGGACCGCGCCGGAGCAGCCGGAGAUACCCACUUCAGCCGCGAACAGGAUUAGCCUCGCGGUGGCUACCGGAUUAGCUAUUCUGUUAGCUUACGCCGCGCAGUAACGUCUUUCUCCCUCUCUUUGUUAUUCCCUCUUGUACUGCUCGCGACGAAUAGGGUGUUAUACCAAAGACGUUCGUUUUAAGCCUUCCGGUUGGGUGACAUAUCGCUCGUCCAGUGUUUCUGGUGGCCUUGACAAAGGAUUUAAGUAGUUUUCAAGGAGACUCGAUGAUCAAUGAGAUUCGAUGUCCUAUUCUUUUUAUUCUACAUAAGCCUCUGGCACCGUUCACAGUUUCUUUGACUUUGUAAUUAACUUCUGGUGAACUUCCUGGAAAGUGGCCUUGACUUUGUAUAAUUUGAAGUUCGUGUUGCGAAAAUAUUUGAGGAAAAAGGAUUUGAGUAGAAGUUUUCAAUGAGACUAUUCGACGUUUUAUUUUUAUCCUGUGCAUGUCUCUGACAUCGUUCUCAACUACUUUAAUGUAAUGCUUAACUUAAUUUUUAUUUUUAAACUUUAGCUCAUUCAGUAUUAAAUUGUUAAUACUGAACAACUCCCUGAAAAAUGGCCUCGAUUUUCUGUAAAAAUUUGAAGUUCGCGUUGUGAAAACAUUUGACGAAUCCUGUCAAGGUUUUGAAUGAGAUCAUUCGCCAUUUUAUGAUUUUUAUCUUGUAUAAGCCUUGGGCAUCGUUCUCAUUCCUUUGAUUUAAAACAGUCGUUCUUAACCUUUCCAGAAUCACAAAACACUCACAAAUUUAUAAGACUUUUACAGAAGACAUCUUAAAAUAAAACACUAUAUAUUUUUUAUAUUGCAUAAUAAAUAAAAAUCACAUACAUAACAGUUUACAUAUCAGUCAUUAUCAAGUAACAAUCAGUAAAUAAAGUUAAAAAAAAGGAAAUUGUCAUAAUUUUUUUAAUGGGAUAUGGGGGGCAGAUGGGUUUUACAAAUGUUUUUAAUAUCUGAUCAUCUGAGCUCCUCUCAUUCCUUCUCUUAUAUUUGCCAGCCCUUCGUUUUUCUUUGUUUAAAUAUUCGUUAAUGUUGGAAAAUCGCAUAAGUACGAUGUUGAGAAUUGUGUUUUUCUCGUCUUAAUAAUUAUUUUAAUUCUUCACUGAUUUUCUUGGCAGAACACUUUCUCUAUGUUCACGAAGCACCAAUGUACCACGGAAAAAGAACACCGGUUAAGAACUACUGAUUUAAAACUUAACAUUUAACAAACUUUCUGGAAAAUGGCUAUGAUUUUCUAUAAUAAUUUGAAGUUCGCGUUACGAAAACAUUUGAGGAAUCCUGUCAACUAACGAGUAAUUGGAUCAUAAGACCGCAUUAAAUCCGGCAAGGAACUAUUUCAAGUGAAACAGUAGAGGUCUCGCGUUUCAAGACCAAGCGAAGGAACGCGUCAAUGUCAUUCUCGUUAUACAAAGCUCGACGUGUUUAAGAUUUCCAUCGGGAACGAGAUUGAUCUCCUGCAGUUCGUCGGUUACAAUUACCGGACAAGUGUUUUCUACCGCGAGCACUUUUAUACAACGCGUGACCCUGGUUUCCCCUUAAUUAAUCUUUUACACAAUUUAUUAUGAUUAGACUGCGGAUGAAAAAUAAAAUUUAUCAAUUGACAUCAUAUACUCUAAAUAGUCAUUUUCUUUUAUCAUAUAAACAUUGUAAUAGGCAUUCAUCUUCUCAUAUUUUGUAGAUUUUCUAACAUGCCAAACAUUUUUUAUAUUUACUGCCAAUACAAUUUUUCUAUAAAUGCAUAAAAUCCGCUGUCUAAUUAUGAUCAUACUUAGCUACUUCUAAAAAUAGAGAAUCGACCAUAAUCUGAUAAAUACAUUACGGAUUUUGAGCAUUUAGAGGAAAGGAAAUGCGCUGUAUGUAUCUUACAAUGCUUGAAGAUGUUAUGGCUAUUACGUAAGUUAAAAUCAUCGAAUUUUGUUAUCUGAUGUUAAUUAUUGAUACAGAUAUAUGUACAUACAUGAAAAAUAUGGAGAAGGUUUCCUAGCUUUUCUUGGAUAAUAAGAAAGCACUAUCUGAUGGCUUUUGUUAUAUUGAUGGCUUUAAUUAUAAAUAAGUUUUUAUACGAUUCUUUUCUGAUCUUCUGACUCUACUUUAAAAACUUGGGUUUUUUGUUUAAAUGCCCUAAGUACAGCUGUCGCAUGUCAUAUCGUUUGAUAUGUCUUUGUUAUUAUUAAUAUAUUUGUCAAUUUUCUUUCGGUCACUUUUGGCUACAUAUUUGUCUAUUAUCCUCCGUCAUUUUUGGCAAUAAAUGAUAAAAUCAAUCAAAUUUAUGCUAUAAAUGUUAGCCAUAACAUCAAUAAGUAAUAAAAUCAAUAGAAUUGAUACUAUAAAAGUCUCUCGCAUAGAAAUCUGCAGGAUUUAACGGUUGCAAAAAGUUUCUCUCCAGAAGAAAAUGAAAUAAUCACCGCGUGAAACUUUCACCGAUUACAAUAAUACCCAUUGAACAUUCAACGUUGCUUGCUGUGUUUUCAUCAUCCAACAAAAUAAGUUUUCUAUCAGACGAUCGCGUUUAAUUGACCUCGAAUUAACAUCGCCGAUCGAGACUAUUAAAUCUCCCAGUCAGAUUAAGACACCGUCCAGUGCGAACUGUGUCGUAGGGGAAAUUAGAAAAAGUCAGACCACGAUUCUAGGAAACUAAACGAUUCUAAGGGGGUUGAAAUGUAGUACAGUAGAUUUGUCAAGAACACGAUGAAAGGCCAUUAGUCGUGACAGCGACGAGUUGACUGGUCCCCUAGGAAAAUAAACGAGAUGUCGUCGGGCCAGCGCUAGUCUAAUGGGGUCAUAGUUCGAUCAUGGAAACGGUGACUCGGAAACGAACAAUAGGUCGGUGAUAAUGAAUGGCGCUAAAGCUUUCAGCCCGAGAAAUUGAUCCUCUGUCAAGCAAUAAUAACAUUCCAUUAUUCGUCUUCUUGUAAUUCUGUUUUUAACACUAGCCAGUGUCGAACAGACACUCUGUUAUCAAAUACGAUUUCUUAAUUCGAAGAAGCACGAUUGAGACAUAGUUGAUAUUCAUAAUCUUAGCAUACAACUGGAUUUUAGCAGAAUGCCACGUAGAUAUCGUAUUUAAUUUAAUAACAAGCAUGUAAGAAAGCAAAUUACUUCAUGUCUGUUAUUACUAGACUGUGGACUUUAUGCAUUUAUAGAAAACGAAAAGAUGAUUCAAUGUCCAAGUAAAAUACAAAAGAAAUUCGUAUUUAGAGUUCGAUUUAACUUGCAUAAACAUUCAACAUAGUUAUUACAUUUAAAAAUGUACAUGAAUUUAAAAGUAAUCAUACGAUAUCUUUGCAUGAGUCAUUGUAGGGGCAAGCGACCAUUCAUUGUCAGCUAUUUACACGACCAAUUAUUUGUAAAACUCGUAACUAACACUAAGCCUACCGACACUUCUUGUACACCUGUCCUCACCCAGUCAAAAUGAAACUUAGAACAAGUUACUGUUUUCGUAAUUGAACUUUGGUAAGUCGAUUUGUUACUGAAUGAAUUAAUAAAUGAACAACUUUCAUAAAACGACGACACAAAUUUAUUUUUACAUAAUUUCAAUUAUAAAUUUGGAAAGAGAAUUAAAAAUAAACGAUAGUUGUACGAAAGAUUGAAAACGGUCGAUGGUAGGUUUAGUGGUAGAAACGAUCUACUUAUUGGCAUCAACAGCGAAGAGGGAGAAAGACGAAGAUUUUUCUAGUAAGUACCUUAAAAUUAGUGCCGUCGCCUUACGACUCAAACUGUGAAUACGUAUACCAUAUAUUAUAUAUAUAUAUUAUAUAUAAAAUAAUCUGUAUGUAUGUAUGUACAAUUAGCUACGCAACGUGUACGAAUAGCUUUAAUGUGUAUGGCCUUAUUUGCGGCGAUUAAUUGAAACUGUAUACGAGGCGGCGCGUCGUUCCGUUGGAAAACGCGGCGUUAUGACUCAUUUGUAACCACUGGUGAACGCAA